CUGCUCAGAUCUCCGUUGCGAGUUUGGAUACAAUGGGAUGUUUCAGGUGCUUGAUGUGCUGUUGAUAAGAGGGUUUGCAUGUAGAUCCCAGAGCGAUACAGCCCCGCGCUGCCGCUGCCGGGCUCUGCCCCAGCAUCCAGCUGUGCCUGUUUGGAAGCCAACGCCUGGCUUCCCUCCAAAGCCCGGAUUCUGACAGGGGGCUCCAAACCAGCUGCAGCCUCCCGCUUUUCCCAGUGACACGUCUGUGCGCACACACCUACCUUUGACCUCUCCUGGUUUGUUUUGUGGCAGCAAACACCCGAAAUUUGCUCAGCUAAUACAAUAGCCCUGUACUUUUUGACAGAAACGCCUGUGGUUAACCUCUGUGGGCUGCCUGCUGCAAUAAAAUGAAGGGUGGUAGAAGUUAAACAAUGGGUGUGACUACCACAAGAUGGGUGUUAGUGGGAAAGUGGUGUAACAUCCACUUAGCAUUCCAGAGAUGUGAAAUAUAAUUAUGAUUUAAAUGCCAAAGAUGUAAGUUGCAGGAUGAGUAACUACAAGGACAUGAAAGCCUUCCUUAUCUUCCUUUCUAUCCCACUCAGAAUCAUUUUGCACACCCACAAAACUAAUAAAAGUAGUGUCACUUGAUGAAAUUACACCUGAUACAUGACUUGUACCAUCACUUACAUUUCUGUCAGUGUGGGCUCUGUUUGCACCAAAGAAAAAAUUCCAAUCUCAUUUACAACAUUUUAAGUUGGAAGUAAUUUUGCUCUCAGUGGAAUUAUUCUCUAUUUAUACUCCCACUCAGAUCAGAAUCUGACCCAGGCUUUGAAUUUUGUCUUAUUUGCUCUCAUCUUUUCCUAUGACAGGCAGGGGUCCUCAAUCUGUAAAGGGCUCCUCACACCUACAUUUAUGUAUCUUUGCAGAAAUGGCUUUUGAGCAGGUCAAUUGUUAGAAAUUGUCAACUAAAUCAGCCUGGGAGCAGCUGGUUGCUGAGUGUACAUGAAUAGCUGCUUAAUGUCUUUACAUCAUCCAGCAUAUGUGGGAAGGAGAGCAAGAAUGCAAAAGCGCAGCCCAUGCCUAGACGAGGCACUACACAGUUCUGUAGCAAUUCCAACACAGAGAAGUUAAAGAAUGAAAGAAUGACCCCAGCAACUCGACAAAAAGUUCUUGGCCUUUACCGCAAGAUAUUUCAAAUAGCCAAAAAAUGGCAGUCGGCAUCAGGACAGACAGAGGAGACUAUUAAAGAGAAAGAGUACAUUAAAAAUGAGGCCAGAACAUUAUUCCGAAAAAACAAACAUGUAACAGAUCCAAAGCUGAUUGAGCAGUGCAUAGAAGAAUGUGAGGCAAGAAUAGAAAUUGGACUUCACUAUAAUAUCCCCUACCCGAGACCUAUCCAUCUGCCUCCUAUGGGUCUCGCCCAUAAACAAGGUCGUACGUUGCGACACCAGGAAAAGUUAAGGAAGAUUUCUAAGCCAAUAUACCUGAAAUCCCAUGAUGAAGUUUCAUAACCCACCACUUAAGCUGUGAUGUGUAAUCACAUCCUUUAAGCUGUGAACUGCAGUCCAGGUGAUUUGUGUGCACAACUGUGAACUAAGGUGUUUUGGUCACUUGCUCACACAUUUCCUGAGGCCAAAAAGCCAAUUGAUACAUUGCAUAUGAUGGAUAAGGUUGGUCUAUUAUUUAUUUAUAUUAUUUUUAACCACUGACUCAUCAAUAAAAGUAACACUUUUCAAGGAGUGAGGUGUGAUACAAAGAUUACUUUGACAUCAGGACAAAUUACAGCAGGUUCUCAAACUCUAUUAAUCUAUAGCAGGAUUCUCUGGUGGUUUCAGGAUUCUGUGUGUUCAGUUGUAACUCUAGGCUGUGCUUUGUGUAAGGGUCAGUCAAAAUUAAGGAAGUCCAGGAGAAUCAAGCAGAUGCAGUGCCUCCAGAUCUUCUGAACACAAGUGGGAACACAAUGACUGCAUCAUGCAGCUGCUUUCCUUCCUCUCUUGUCCCUGCUCUGCCUGUUGUCCCUGGGGAAACGUUGCAGUUUCAUAGUACCUCUGUGGUGAAGUUCUGUUUCUGAAUGGGCAGUAGCAAAGACACAACUGAAGUGCCCACUACUCCUUUUUCCUUUUUGCAAACAGCAGAGGGAUGGCCUAGAGCCUCCAAGUCAGCUUUUCCCCCUUCCUUUGGAGAGGGUGUGGAUGUGAAAUGCAAAGUUUGGAAUGCCAUUACACAACUCUGAGUAAAACAUUCCAGUGUUGGGUUCCUCGGGUUCCCAUUUAUGGACUGACUGAAAACUCUCCCUUCAGAGUAUCACUAUGGAAACAAGCUUAGGAUGCUUUGGUGUGAGGACCGUGUUUUCACAUGGUCAGUCUUGCAUAAUCACCGUGGGGACUUUCUCAACGAUUAUUUUAACUUUAGUGUGAGGUUUUAACUCUUAGAUUAUGGACAGAACCCCAACUUUAGUAAAAGGAAGUAUCUACAAGUCUCCAAAGUUUGAGGGGUAUUUCUGUUUCACAGGUGCCUCUUGAAUGGAAUUUAAAUGAAAUUAAUUUUCCUCUCGUUGGCCGUCAAUUACUUUGCCUCAUUUUCAGUCCUCUGACUUUAACAGGCUGUUCUUCAAGAAAGCUGGGGGAGCCUUUUGUCCCUCAGGCUGGAAGUGCCAAUGAGACCAAGCUGUGGACAAGAGCCACACUGUACUGGAUACUACCUAAGCACAGUCCACAAAACUUUAAGGAAAACCUAUUCCAGCCCAAAGUUAAUAGUGGCAAAAAAAAGCAAAUUUUAAAAAUGCAGUGUCUAUGAUUUCCUAUUAAAGUAGGGGAAAUCAGUGAAAUCUCCUAUUCUGAGAUCUCCAAUUCAUCCUAAAUUCUCCAAGCUCUAAUAGGCAAUGACAAAGAAAUAUUCUUGUCGACCUGAAAAGUGAGUUAGAACUGGUCAUGUGCAGAACAGAUUGACAGUCCCUACCCCAGGAAUGCACUCCUAAGAGUGAAAAAAGCACAAGCGGAUGAGAAAGUACAAGGAAACAAUAACAGGAGUGAAUCAGCAUGACAGGUACUGGCUGGCCCAAUUUCUCACUGCCCUUCAUGGCUUCAGUCCACAAAGGUAUCUAUUUCCAUAUAGUUAUUUCCUGGGAAUGCUACAUGUGGGAAGUAACAGGUAAAAUGCCAUUGUUCUGCCAGACAGUGGGAUCUUUGCAAAUUUAGUGCUGUCAGGAAGGCACAGAAGUCCUUUAGCCUAGGAAAAGGGGAAUGGAAUAAAGAGAGUAAAAAAAUAACAUGAUUAUACACACUACUUAAUCCUUCACUGAAAGAAGUCCAAAUACAGUCUUUUCCUACUCUCAUUCUGAUACACCAGUGUAGGCAUGUGUCAACUGAGCCAAAUCAAAAUGUGCAGAGAAAAGGGGUUUGAAAGGAAGCUUAAGCUCCGUUUUUGCCAUUAAAGUAUCAUUUGAAUCUUUUGAAUUGUUAAAAUUCAUGUGGUUAAUGAAGGUGCUGAUGCUGUGACACAUCGGGUUAAUAAACAGCUUUGUAAACAA